CCUCUCGACAUCGCAUAUCUUUUAUUGCUUGCAAAAAGCACAGUCUCCCACUAUGGCGCGUGUCCGCCUCGCCCCGCUCUCCACGCUCACUCAAACCCGCUACGUCCUGCACCUCUCCGACGGCAAACGCCUCGUCCUCUUCCGCCUCCCCACUAUCGAGACGCCGAAAACCAAAGACAAACCCCGAGCGCGCAAUGACGCCAACGGCUGGUCCUACUACGCCAUGGAAGCGGAAUGUCCGCAUGCAGGCGGCCCGAUGAAAGAUUCCUCCAUUGACAUCGAAGAUUCAGCGUAUAUUGUGUCUUGUCCAUGGCAUGCGUAUGAUUUCAAUGUCGAGACGGGAGAGUCGAGUGUGGGGAUCAAGGCGUGCACGUUUCCUGUUGACGUGGGUGACGAGGAUAUGGUGGUUGUUGAAUAUACUUCUGAGAAAUUGGGAGAGGGAGUGGAGUUGGCGAAGUUGGAGGCUGUGAGUGAGCAGAUGAAGUUGAAGAAGAGUGUCAAUGGUGUGAAUGGUACGACGACGACAAAUGGAGCGGACGAUAAGACUGAAACUGCGCCGAUUCGAUAUCUUGAUGAUAAUGCGACGGUGUGUGAAUGGUGUGCGCACAUUCUGAACACUUCGAACCCGGAACAUAAGAUCGAGUUGACGGCGCAUUUGUUCAAAUUGUUUACGGAACGGGAGGGAACAGAUAAGCCUAUGGUUAUUGGGGAUAGGACCAAUGUCGACCUUCCAGAUUUACCGCCUAGGGAUGGCGUGAAGGAUGUAAAUCGGCAGGCAGUUCCGAAGCCGGGCAGAGGUGGUACGCAAAAGAGCAGGAUUAAUAUGUUGCAUGCGCUGGCAAACAUUGAACAAUGGGCGAUCGAUCUGGCGGUCGAUAUCUGUGUGCGGUUCGCGAAGUUUCAGACGAACUCGGCUGAUGCGCUGGGUCUUCCUCGGGCGUUCUUCCACGACUGGUUGAAGGUCGCUAACGACGAGGCGAAGCAUUUCUCUCUCCUUCGGACCAGGCUGGAGGAGCUUGGUUCGUAUUUCGGUGCCCUUCCGGUCCACCAUGGACUGUGGGACUCUGCGACCGUGACAGCCCAUGAUCUGCGCGCUCGGAUCAGCAUUAUUGCGUUGGUGCAUGAGGCGCGCGGUUUGGAUGUGAAUCCAGUGACGAUCGAUAAGUUCCGCAAGGCUGGAGAUGGGGAUAGUGUUGACACGCUGGAGAUUAUCCACAAUGAUGAGAUCACCCAUGUCACGACAGGUCAUCGCUGGUUGACCUGGAUUUGUGCCCAGGAGGAGACGGACCCUGUGCAGGUGUUCCGGGGUAAUGUGCAGAAGUAUUUCCGUGGGCCGUUGAGGGAGCCGUUCAAUACAGAGGCUAGACUGCAGGCUGGUCUGGAUAAGAGCUAUUAUGAGAAUCUCUCGGGGUACGAGGGAAUUCAGCCUGCUUGAUCGCUCCCUGACUCGCAGCUCAAUAAUGGAAAGCAGUUCAGUCGCUUGAUCCUCUGGAGUUAGCUACUCCUCCAGCAAAGAUGGCGAACUGCACAGAGUCCUUGUCAACCCAUGCGCUUGCUAGGACCCCUCCACUGCCGGUAACCUGAGAAUCAGAGAUGGUCAUACCGCUGAAUGAAUGUUGCAGACACAAUCAAUGACAGGCAUAGCACUUCGUCACUCUGAUAGAUCUUGACAGAAAGUGCACCUGCCAGAGGGCCAAAGCACUGUGACUUGGCAAGUAGGGUGACAAUCAGGAGUGCUGUGCUAACCGCACCCAUAGCGAAGGCGCAUGGUCCCAGGUACAUAAUUGUGGGACUCGUGCGUGGGUCAAUGGGACAUCAGUUGUGUUCGCAGAUGACAAUAUUUUAAAAGCAUGUUCUAGAACCAGAAACAUUACGAAAGAUACCCCACAUAGACUGGACCAAAAGUUUUAAAAAAUUCAACAA